ACAAAAACCCACACUCGAUUGGGACUAAACCUUUGGCUCGAUCCGACCAACGAAUCAGCUGCAGUAGUGAGCCCCAAACGGCACGUCGUUUUAGAGUUCGCAUGGAGCUCAUGUCUCAUUCCUCGACAUUUCUCCUCCCGCCGCCGUCGUCCAAUCAAACGACGCCGUCGCUGACGUAUGCGCUCGUGGUGCUUAACCAGCGCCUCCCGAGGUUCUCUCCAUUGCUGUGGAGCCACGCACAGCUGCGAUUGUGUGCCGACGGCGGUGCGAAUCGGCUUUAUGACGACAUGCCUCUGCUCUUGCCUCAUGAAGACGCAUCGGUUGUUCGCCAAAGGUACAAGCCUGACGUUAUUAAAGGUGACUUGGAUUCAAUCAGAAAGGAAGUCUUGGAGUUUUAUGCUGAUAUGGGAACCAAGGUAGUUGAUGAGUCUCAUGAUCAGGACACAACCGAUCUUCACAAGUGUGUGGCGUACGUAUGUGACUGGGCACAGAACCUGGACAAGUCUAAUCUGUGCAUUCUGGUUGCUGGAGCACUCGGUGGAAGGUUUGAUCAUGAGAUAGGAAACAUCAACGUGCUGUGUCGUUUCUCGUCCGUUCGAAUGAUCCUUCUUUCUGACGAUUGCCUCAUCCACCUUCUUCCACGCACACACUGUCAUGAGAUACAUAUUCAAUCUUCAGCUGAAGGUCCUCAUUGUGGACUUGUCCCCAUCGGGACUCCUUCUGGAAGUACAACAACUACCGGGCUUCAAUGGGAUCUAAAUGAAACCGAGAUGAGGUUUGGUGGUUUGAUAAGUACUUCAAACAUUGUCAAAGAAGACAAAAUAACAGUGCAAUCUGAUUCAGAUCUUCUCUGGACUAUAACCAUAAAAAAGCUGUAGUGCAGUGCAUUUAGAGAUGAGUCGCAAAAGCCACAGAUACCACAAUCCGCUCCUGCAUUGUCAUGGUUCCUCGAGUUAGCAGUGUUCAUAGUUAGAUUUCAACUUUCGAUCUCCAUCUCUUCUUCCCCGUUGCCCCAUUACCCCAUUACAGUAUCUGUUCGGUUAGAUUGUAUUGUAUUCGUAUUCUUUUAGCGUCUCUAUCCUGUUCAUAAUAAUGUUGAAAUGUUAUCUGUUCAGAUUGUACUCACCAUGUUUAUGGUUAAAAGUCGAUACUUGCAUUGGUUUGCUUUACGAA